AUGCUUGGAUUUCACAGACGGCAGCGAAGCCUGAUACCCGUCAAAGAGCUCGCGCGGUAUGACAAAUUGGACCUAAAGAUCGAAGAGGAGGAGGAGAUGGAGAUGGAGCUUAACGAGAUCGAGAAUGAGUUGCUGGGUGGCCAGAGGAUGAACAAGCACAGGCAGCUAUUGGUCAUAUAUGUGGUCUUUCUUGCAGAGGCCAUCAUGUCCUCGAGCCUACAACCGCAGUUGAAGAUGCUCAUCGAGUCCGACGACUUCUGUGGUAACCUCUCCUCUUCUUAUCUCCGCUCAAUUCUCGACUGUGCAUAUUUCUUUGGUGGUACUGCUGGUAUAUUUUGGGGGUUCCUUUCAGAUCGAAUCGGCCGUCGCCCAGUUGCGAUUGGUGGUCUUGUUGGCAUGACAUUCUGCUGCAUUGUCAUGGGGCUGGCAAACGAUCUUGUCUCUUGCGCCGCUGUACGCUUCAUGGCUGGUCUCGUCAGCUCUUCAGUCCUCGUCGUAGCCCUGACUAUGAUCUCGGACCUCAGCCUGAACCCCAAGGAACGAGCGAAGAAUGUCGCAAGACUACCAAUCGUUGCGGCCGUAGGGAGCUUUGGGCCGGUCGUACAAGGCAUGGUUGCAAAGAGCGUCGAGCACAGCGGGAGUAUAUGGCAGCGCUUCCCCACUCUGAGUGGCCAGAUCGCAUGUGGAACGGCGGUACUCGCCAUCACCAUAUUCGCCUGCCUCACUCUCCAAGAAACCCUCCCUAAGCAGAAGCAACAAAUCGACGUCAACGAGCUUGACUGCGAGAAGGCCGCUUUCCUCGGUCAAGAAAGCGACUCCGAAAGCGAUACUGCCUCCGUCCGCAUCGUCGAAUCCGACAUCCCAACCGCAGCCCCGAUCUCCAUGAACCAAUUCCUCAGCGCUCCCUCGCUCAUCAGUCUUCUCUCCUCCUACUCCAUUCUCUCCCUGCACAGCUCCACCUUUGACGUCCUCCUCCCACACCUCGGCCACUCUUCCUCACAGCACGGCGGCAUGGGCAUGCCAUGCACCUACCUCGGCGCCAUCGUGCUCGUCGCCCGUGCCGUCGCCGGCAUCGCCCUCACAUACACAAUUCCCCUCCUCGUCCGCAAAUCAGGCCUCCUAGCCCCCUACCGUCGCGCAAGCAUGUGCUUUCCACUUCUCUACAUCCUGAUUCCCGCACUUGCUUCCCUCGCUGCCUCACACACCUCGCUCGUCGCCCUGCUCAGCAUCGGCGGCCUGCUCGUCAAACACCUCCUCGCCGGCGGCGCCAGCGUCCUCGUCUCUUUGCUGAUGCUCAACGCCGCGCCCGACGCGUUCAGCGCCGGCACCGUCGUUGGUCUGAUGCAUGUGGCAGGCUUGUUCCGCGCCCUGGCGGUUGCGGUUGCGGGUGCAGUGUUCUUUGUUAGCGAUGAGUAUAGUGUGUUUGGCGCAAAUAUGGCGCUGUGGGUGGUGCUUGCGGUGCUGGGCACGGUGGGUGCUGGAGCGGCGUGGGUGGUUCGGGAUGGGAUGAGGGUCGAGGAGGACUUGGGGAGUGAGGUGCUGCGGUGGGAGGAGGUCUGGGAGGCGAAGGCGGACGGUGGAUAUGAGGGUGAUGAGAUAUAG